AGCAAAAUGUUCGUAAGUUUUGCGUAAGUUAAGACGAAAUCCUACGACAGGGGUCCGAUCGAUCUUACGAACAUUUUGGCGACUUUCAACCAAAAUGGCUGCCGCGUACGUCGUCUACCUACUUCAGCAGCAGCGCGACGCGGAGCGGAAUCUACGGCAGCAACGUGUGUUCCGCACUCCUCGGACACUCGACACCAUCGCCGAUAACCAUCUGGCGAGGUACUACCGUCUCCCGAGGCCUGCCAUGGAGAGACUCUGCGAGGCGCUCGCACCUGCGCUCCGCCGUCCGACGGCUCGGAACUGUGCGCUCCCCGUGGACGCCCAAGUACUACUGGCGCUUCGCUUCUAUGCGAGCGGCAGUUUUCAGUCGGUCGUGGGCGACGUGGGGAAUAUGAGCCAGACGAGUGCUUCGCGCAUUAUAAACUCGGUGAGCAGCGCGCUCUGCAACUUUGCUGAAAAAGGGAUCAAGUUCCCCGUGACCCCGCAGGCAGCAAUGCGUACUGCACGCGGCUUUGCGGAAAUCAAUGGAUUCCCCAAGGUGCUGGGGUGCAUCGACGGCACGCACAUCGCCCUCAAGAUUGCGAAGAAGGACCAAAACAUCUACCGAAACAGGAAAGGAUACGACUCCCUGAAUGUGCAAGCAGUCUGCAAUGCGUCGAACGAAAUCACACAGCUCACAGUGAAGUGGCCGGGGAGCACGCAUGACAGUUUUAUGUGGCGCAACUGCGACUUGUCGGAGAAGUUCGAGGCUGGGGUCAUGCCCGAUGGCUGGUUGCUGGGGGAUGCAGGCUACCCCCUGCAGCCAUGGCUGAUGACGCCAUUUCGCAAGCCGAAGGAGGAAGAGGGCGAAGAAGCCUACAACAUGUGCCUCACCAAGACGCGUCAAGUUAUAGAGAGGACAUUCGGGAUAUUGAAGUCCCGCUUCCGGUGUCUCGACAGGUCCGGAGGGGUCCUACAGUACACCCCAAGCGUGUGCUGCCGUAUUAUCGUGGCGUGUGUGGUCCUCCACAAUUACUGCAUCCGGCACCAUGUCUCCCUCACAGAUCCACCAGUUGUGGAAUCCGAUGAGGAGGAGGAGGAGGAGGAAGAAGACGAAGAAGACAGGCCGAGCACCGCCAGGGACACGCCUGCUGGCAUUGUUGUAAGGAGAAACCUUGUUAACGAAGUAUUCAAGUGAAAGCUUAUGAAAGCACAAAAGCGAUCACUGGGUGUAGAUGACACCCACUGAUCUCCGACGAUUUUCUGGAUCACGCAUCACCACUUCGGGGGUGAAGCCACUGGAAGUUCUCAAUAGACCCUUUUCAAAAAGCCCGCGCGUGCGAGAAAUAAUGGGAGUUUUUGGUAUGCCACUCCUCCCGCUACCACGUGACCAUGUGGCAUACGCGAGCAGGCGCAGGUUACCACGGCAACAACUUUUGAGCAGUUGAGUCGGGUGAGCGACGAGCCAACGGCUUCCCCAUUCUUAUCCCUCCCCUUUGUGCUGGCUCUGUCGUCUGCUGCACCAACGCUUUGUCGAACCUGCCACGGUUGCGGUGCAAAAUAAUUGGAUUCGGUGACACUGCAAUACGUGAAGGUAAAUUACGACGAAUAGCAUAUUCAAAUAAGUUUACCUGUCGCAAUGCCUUUAGGCUGCCGCAGAUACGGUACACUGCCAACAACGUUCAACUCGGCAGAUGGGCGAGAUGGCAGAUGGCUGCUGCCGGGACAUGCACGCAGUUGUGGAGGCUCAUCGAGAAAGCAUGUUUGUGCAGCCUAUAAUUUAUUAGCAAUUCUUGGAAACUAGCCACUGGAAAUGCAGUGGCUAGUUUCCAAGAACAUCAUGAAACUUUUCAAUCAUGACGGUGAUGAAGCUCAAAAUGGGUUUUUCCAUGGAUGUACUAGUCUUCACGGCACUACGCUCGGCUGACUUUUGCAUGGCAUAAGACGGCCGAUUGAGAACUUCCGGUGGAUUCACCUGCGCUACAAGGAGGGAGAAGCGAUCCAGAAAAUCAUUGUAGAGAUCAGCGGUGACACCAGAAACUUUGUGUAAUAAAGAAACAAUGUAUUGCUGUUCUAUA